CGCAAUGUUGUCGCUCUAUAUGAUUGGCCGCCGGCCGGCAUCGUGUGUCAUGCCGGCGUCGUUUGCAAAAUGCACGCACCCAUAGUAUAUCUAUAGCGCGCACGGUAGUGACGUUGAACUUCUUCGGCAGCAACAGUUAUAUAUCCGUUGGAUAUCCAUUUAGGAAUGGAUAUCCGAAAAUGGUUAAAAAAGAACACAGCAGAAGACAUUAACCGGAGAAGGGAGGAGGAUGGAGACAAUGUGGGUCACGCGGCAGCCGGAACAGUUGACGUUACUUUGGCUUCUGUCAACGUCAGCUCUAUAACCGUUGUGGAGGCUAGCACUAGCAACGCCAGCUCAAUCCUGCCCGACUCGCUGCCUUUGCCUGCGCCGCCCUCACUCCCGGACAAGCAGCCUUCGGCUUCGACACUGCCACCCGUUGGCGGCCCGCAAGUGCCAGGGGAUCUCGGAUCAACACAGCCUACCCAGAAUUGAGGUGGAGAGCCGAAAAGACAGCUGGCCGUUACAGGUCACGGCCUGAGGCUUGCUGACCACUGCGUGUGCUGCUUCUAUCUCCACUUUGAUCAAGGCGGGUAGAGUCUAUACACAAACUCUUUAACAAAAACCUGCAUCUUACAUAUUUGUAUUUGUUCUCAUUUAUAGUUAUUAUUGCUGAUAACCAUUUCAACCUGCUUUCAUUUAUAAGCUAUUAUAGGAGAUUGAUAGAGCACAUUCAUCUGCUUACAAGCACAUGAAAAGCUACAUGCUUUAGUCAGUCAAAUAUGAGGAUUGACAACGCACUGACCAGUUAAUACAUUUAAUUAAGUAAUGGAAUAGGAUUAUUUGGUUUAAACUCUGCUGAGAGUUGCAAAUGUGAGUUUCACUGUUUGUGUUUGGUUUAUUCUGAUCUGAGCUAUGUUGGUGAUACACUAUUGUUACUUUUUGAUGAUCUGAGAUAAAAUAGGUGAUUGUUGUUGCAAUUAAGAGCACAUUUGGUGACAGUCAGUCACUUGUGGGAGCGCAGGAUCUUUUUGUCAAACAUUAUAAGCAGAUUUUGAGUUGUAAUGUUACAUUGAUGAACUUUUUGAUUCCUUUGGAGUUGGGAAGUCAACUUUAUUUCUAUUGGCUGCAGUAAAUUAGUGGUUUUACUACAUGAUUUAUGAAUUGAUUAAUUUGUUGAGCUGUUGAGUGCUUGAUUGAUUUGUUGAUUAAUCAAUUCCUAAAAGGGGGGAGGAGUAAUCUAAAAAGCUUUAAGUAGCUUUAAAUCUUAGCAAUUACUUUUUAAAUUUACAAAAAGGGAGCAAAAGGUAGCUGCUACUAUGGGGAAAAAGGAGAAUAAAAGUCCAAAAGUAAUUACUCCUGUUGAUGUAGUACAGAAGAAUAAUCCUUUAGUUAAAGGCAUUGCAAAAAUAUCGGAAAAAUGGCAUGAACGCUGGGCUAAUAUUGAACGACCAUGGCCGGUAGAGGGAACUAUGAACCCAGAUGUAAUCAGAAUAAUGCGAGUACUUGUAUCCACAUACAAGGCAGCGCAAAAGAUUGGCAAAAAGGGACGCAGAGAAAAGAAACAAGUGGAGCUUGGCAUUCUCCAGUUGUUUGAAAUUGAGGGACAGAAACUGAUCAAAGCUGCAAACGAUAAGAAAGAUAGGGACAUAGAAAAUACCAGACAAACAGAAAGACAAAUAACACUGAAGAACCAGGUAGAGGAGUUGCAGAAAGAAGGCUAUCAACUAUUAUGCAUGAAAAAUGCUUUGCGCUCAAGAAAACAGUUGACACUCAAUAAAAUACUUCCUGUGGUCGUCCGAGGGCAGAAUUUGGAGUAUAGGCCUUGGCAGACUACAGAUAUGUCAAACAUAAUUGAGAAGUUACCGAUUCUUCAAGAUGGAGCACAUUCUUGGAUUUCAAAGUUGGAAGAGAUUAUGGUGGGAGAACAACUUGCCAUGGGAGAUAUUAAGAGACUCUUGGCUAAUCUCCUUGGAGUUCAUGCUAUGGGAGAUAUUCUACAGAAAGCAGGACUUAAUCAAUAUGUGGGAACUGCUGUGAAUGAUUCUGAGCUGUUUUGUGCAAAUAGAGGUCGAGUGUGUAGAGCGCUGAAAGAGACGUUUCUGACAAAUGUACAUCCUGACAACAUUCUUAUUGAACCGCUGGGACAGGAAGAAAACCCGAGAGCCUAUGUUUCAAGAGCUCAUCAAGUGUGGAGAAAUGUCACAGGAAAUGACCCUGAUUUGAAUCAAAUGGAACAGUCAAUUUUGAGAGCCAAAAUACAGAAGGGGUUGCCCCUGCCAGUGAGGAGCAAACUGGCAGAGGUGGUUGGUCUGGGAAGCAUGGAAAAAGGUGUUUAUACAGAUCAUAUAGCCCAUCAAGUGGUGCUGUACAGGAAAAAGGAACAUGACCAGAAGGAACAUGACCAGAAGGAACAUGACAAGGAUGUUCUUAGAAAACUCAAUCAAAUACAACUGGUGGAUAAUAAGAAAAUUAAUAAGCAAGCUCUGGUUACACAGAAUCAGGCUCCACUAGAACAAUCACUACUACAAUCACAGCUGAACCAGGUUCAGCUCCAAUUGUUCCAGCCAUCAUCAGUGGUUCCAGUCAUCUCCUACCAAGAGUCAGCAUUUGAUCAAGCACAGAACUGGAGAGGAAGGUUCGAUCCAAAUUUUGAACAGCAUUCAGAAGAAUGUUAUGAUUGUGGACAGUUUGCCUGUGAGUGUAACAGCUGGAGAGAAUAUGGAGGAGGAGAAUACUGAAGAAAGUAGUUCACAAGAAAGGGGGCUACAUGACCCAGCCGGAAAAUGCUGGACGGUCUGCAAAUGCUUGGUUGCAAGAGAAAUUAGGACCAAUAGGAGCAGUUCCUUUCAUAUUAGUGAUGUGUUUCCAGGGGGGAAAUGGAAAAUGGGACUUAUAAUUUCACAUUUACUUAUAGAAUGUUAAUCUGUAUUUUAUGUUUUAAUUUGUAUCUGUUUUGUUGUGCAAAGAUACUGGUUUUCUUUUCUUUCAUUCUAGAACAUAUUGUGGGAAGAUCACUGAGAGGGUGAUUGAUGUUCAGGGACUCAGACACUUCAAAGAUGGAAAAUACGGAUUGACUGAAGGACUCUGGACAAAGAUAAAAAUAUCCAGAUUCAACAUGUCAUCAAUACUACAACUGAGAGUCAAUACUGCUGAGAAACGUGCAGUGUUCUUUAUUUUUAUGUUUUCUCCGUAGAUGUAGAAGUGAUAUUAAAAGUGAACUAUAUUUACUUUGUGUGUUAAUUACUUAGAAAAUGAUGUUUUUGGUAUUGUGCAAAUAUACUGGGACCUCAGAUGUUUUAUUUUUCGUGAUCUUUAAGGAUAGUGGUGUUAGGCAGGGAAAGGUCCAUUGAAAGCUCCAAUGGGGCAGCCAGGCUGACUUUGGACAUUAUUUUGUUUUUAUUUGCUGAGAGUUCAUAUGUAUUUGCUUAAAGUCUUUUUCUUAUGUAAUUUGCUAAAUUUCUAAUUUCAGUAGCAUGGAGUAUGACGUAUGGCCGCCUGGGCAGAGGGGUUGUGAGAGAAUUUCCCUGUCUAGUUUGUUUGAUGGAUAUUAUAGAAAAGAUAGCUGCCUGACAGGUUUUUCACUCUUACUCUUAAAAACUCCAUAGCUGUUGCAAUGUUGUUAAAAUUAUGCUGUAGACGGUUUGUUAUUUUUGUAAUGAUCAUGUACCUGUAUGUUUUAUUCUUUUUAUUGUUUCGAGACUUUGUUUAGUCUCGAAGGGGGGUUAAUGUCGUAUAUUCGUUAGAGUAAAACAUGUGGAUAUAUGCUUAAAAACACAAAGACAUUCUCAGAGAGCCCACCAGAUGUUUGUCUUAUUUACUUUACCCUAUGGGGGAUGACCUUUGACCUAGGGAACCAUCUCUUAACAGUUAAUAGAUGGGCUCAGAAGGAAGGUUCUUGACCAGUGUGCCUUCAUGUUCGGACACAAAGAUGUGCCCUUAUCUAGUCAGAAAUCCCAUGUGGGAUGCGUUAUAUCUGAAGUCAUGGGUGGAACCAAACUCCCUAUAUAUGUGUCCUUUCAUCCCCUGCAAGUCAGACUUUCACUAUUGGCUGUGUGUCUCUGGGUAUCUAGAUGCCCGUCCCGACCUGUAAUUUCUUGUAAUAAAC